CAGGGAAGACCAGUCUGUGACGGAGGUCUCUUCAGGGUCAGGCAGCCAGGGAAGACCAGUCUGUGACGGAGCUGAUGGGAAGUUUUGCUCAUACAACACUUUAUUUCAGGGUUCACACAAGGUGCCUAAAGUUUUUGAAUUUGGCACUCUGAAAAUCAAGUACUGGAAUACCUUGAAAAUCAGACAUUUUCUAAAGUUGGUACUUGAAAAGUACUUUAAUUAAAAUGAGAAGAGAACCGAUAAUGACGAAAUAUAUUUAUGUAAAAUAUUAGAUAAAUGUAUUGGUCUUGCGAAUUAAUUUCCAGGCAGACUAACGCGUUUUGUUUCCUCACGUGUUUCGCACUGUGGUUGCCAGGCGAGUCGCUCAUUCCACCCACACUGUGGUUGCCAGGCGACUCGCUCAUUCCACCCACACUACCACUCAGCCAGGCAGGUACAGAACAGACUGAUUAGGCACAUUGCCAAACGUCACACCGGUAGCUAAAAUGCCGGGCAAAUGUAGAUUCAAUGCUGCCUUUUGUGGGUAUGGAAAAUGUCUGGGAUCUUUUAUUUCAGCUCAUGAAACAUGGGAACAACACUUUACACGUUGCGUCUUAUAUUUUUGUUCAGUAUAGCAUUGCAAUCAUGUGUGAAUCGUCCCUGAGGAGCCACAUGAAGGGAGGAAAGAUACAACGCUGCAUGCUGCCACUUCUACAUUGUGUGUCUGUUUCCCUGCAACAACCUCCAGAUAUCUUUUGCCAAUCACCUCAUUCUUGGGGGGCCCGUGAUAUUUCAAAUUACUAAGCGGGUUCUGGUGGCCGAUCACAUGCCGUUAUCCUCACACAGCCCACCCGCCCUUCUCCCGACCGGCGACACUAAAGUUGCCAGGCAAAAGCAGUAACUAUUAACUAAUAGAUUCCCAAAUGCCCAAUUAAAACAGUCAUUAAGCUGGAAUUGUGUAGUAAUGUGACUAGGAAAUAUCUGUUCACCAUUAGGCAUGUCCCCAAACUCUGUUCAUCACUAGUCAAAUUACAGCAUCAAUACUAACUUAAGUUACCAUUCAUGUAAAUAUCUAGUGAAACAACGUAUUAUUGAGUAGAACUUGUAAGGUAGUGAUGAAUACUGUUGCUUUUCUUCAUGACGUUGUGGCGAUAUACUGCCAUCUGGUGGCAACUAGAAACAAUUGCAUAACUACUAACUACUACAAAUUGACGGUCCUUGAAAAUACAUAUUAGUGCUUGAAAAAGUAGUUGAAAGUCCUUGAAUUUGACUUGCCACUGUCUGUACGAACCGUGUUUAUUUACUCUGUGCAGCAAACACUGGAUAAGCAAGAAGUUUCAAAGAUUGAAACUAUUUUAAUUCUGUCUGACAAACCUCUAAAGUUGAUUUCCAAACUGUAUCGUAGGUUUGAUAGACACUUUUCCCUAAUGACACAAAACAUGUCAAACUAAAAUGUGAGGACAAACAAUGCAAAAUGAAAGGUGUUGAAUGUAAGACUGCCUGCAUUAGAAGUGAUACCAGUUUGGAUUUGUGUACUAAGAGUUUUGAAAAUCCACCACAUAGUACCAAAGCGAUUAAAAGAAACAGUAAUAUUGUGAGAUUUGGUAUUCAUGUGUGCGUUUGUGUGUUUUUCUCCCCAAGUACACAGAUGAGAGGAGUAGAGAGACUCAUCUUCCUGUUUUGGCUGCUGCAAGGUGUCCUCUUCAUUGAUGGGGUGGAAGAGGCAGACAAUGACAUAGACCACAGUGCAGACUCGGAUGGUGUCCUCUUCAUUGAUGGGGUGGAAGAGGCAGACAAUGAGAUAGACCAUAGUGCAGACUCGGAUGGUGUCCUCGUCAUUGAUGGGGUGGAAGAGGCACACAAUGAGAUAGACCAAAGUGCAGACUCGGACGGUGGCCUGUCUGUGUUGCUGGGGGUUGGUGCUGCUGGAAUGGGUCUCCUCGCGGUCCUAGCGCUAACCUACAGGAGAAUCCAUGUCAAGUGGCCAUGGAAUUUAAAUCAGGAGAACACACCAGAACUCAAAUUAACAUACUGGAACAAUCGUGUGGCCAACGAGGCAGCAACAGAAGAAACCACAGCAGAACAUGGAGGGAAGGUGGAACCAAUCAUUGUAGAACCCUAGAGGAACAGAAAUACAGAACACAGGAUGGACUGGAAAUGUCUAUUUUCAAUUGUCUUUUGUUUUAAACCAGGGUUAUCUUCACGUCACACGACUUAGGCACUAGCUAUGUCACUCCCUGCUACCAACACACAACCCCUACCACAAUGUCCUACCAAACUGAUUCAAGCCUAGUAGUCAAGUGAAUUUUCAAAGCCAAGUGGUUUGAUUUUACUUCUGUGAAUGUCAAAAAUGGAAGAAAAAAACCCUCUGCUCAGCUCAGGAUGGGUGCGGAGUUAAACCAACUACAGGACAAAAAAAAUAAUUACAUUUCCAUGCAUGGCAUCUAACUCAAAACUUCACACAUAUUCCUUAAACAUCCCACACAUCUGUGACACACUGCAACACUGAAUAAUAAGAUGUACACUGUACAUAUAAACUAUAUUUAGUUAUAAAAUGUGAACAUCAUUGGAUUGUUUCAGUAGUCUAUUAUUAAGAUCUGGCUGGCCUACCUUAUAUUCAUCUCUGGCAACUGAUUCUGGUUUUAUCUAUUCAAUAUAUUCCUAUUGAAUGGUCACUAAGAAAUGUACCAUUGCUCAUCAGACCUUCAUUUGUAAAAAAAAAAAUUAUAUCUGCAACCUGUUAUUUCUAUCCUUUAACUUGUGUUGGACCCCUAGAACCCUCAAAUUAAUCUCUGGACCUGCUGUUUAAUUUGUGUUGGACCCCCUAGAACCCUCAAAUUAAUCUCUGGACCUGCUGUUUAAUUUGUGUUGGACCCCUAGAACCCUCAAAU